AUGGCGGAACAGGGCAUGGUUGUAAACCCCAAAGUUGUAACAUCAUCUAAAACCAUAAGGCAACUGCGCUUCAAACCCCAUCAGCCUGGAGCUUGGACCCACCAGUCUCUGUCCAACCAGAGGAACGAGUGGCCGGAAAGCCCCUCAGGAGUCGGCUCCUCCGCAAACCAAUUGAAGCUCAUGAGUUUAAUAACUGACACUCCACCCAAUCUCUCUCUCACUGUCUCUGAAGAGGAGGUUCUCCCUGAGCAGCAGCACUGUGAGCAGGAGUGGAGCCCCAGUCUGGGGCAGGAGAACCCAGAGCUUCCACAGAUUAAAGAGGAACAGGAGGAACUCAGGACCAGUCAGGAGGAAGAGCAGCUUCAAGGGCUGGAGGCUGAUWUCAAAUUCACUCCUUCCUGUGUGAAAAGUGAAUGUGAUCAGGAGGACCCACUUCAGCCCUUCACUUCUCCCCAAACCCAGACUGUGGAGAACAGAGAGAGUGACCCUAAACAAGUGGAUCUCAUACCUUUUGUUACUGUGACCCACAUUAAGGGCCUCAGCAUUCACUGUGACCCUCCAGAUAAUCAGAACAAUGUCAGCCAAUGCUCAGGCGUAAGCAGAAACCCAGUAGGACUUGACAGCAGCCCACCAUUGGAUCCCAGCUCAUCAUUGAAUCCAAACCCAUCAGUGGUGGAGCACUGUUUCAAACCCAGCACCACGUCUAGAAAAACUCACCACUGCCGUGACUGUGGCGAAAUGUUUGCUCUGAAAGUUGACCUGCAGAGGCAUGUGACUCUCUCCAAGAUGAGACUCAGUGAAUGCCGCUUCUGCAGAAAACGCUACAACUCCACCUGUAAACUGAAGGCCCAUGUCMGMYUCUGUCACAGUGGGAAACCCUACACCUGCCCUGUUUGUAGCAAGACCUUCAAACUCAAAGGAGACCUGUCCAAGCACAUGAAGAUUCACACAGGAGAGAAGCCAUUUAGCUGUGGUGACUGUGGGAAAAGCUUCAAUCAGAAGGGGAACCUAAGAAACCAUAAACUGACUCACACAGGAGAGAAACCAUUUAGCUGUGAUGACUGUGGGAAAAGCUUCUAUCAGAAGGGAACCUAAGUUACCAUAAACGGACUCACACAGAGAGAAACCAUUUAGCUGUGAUGACUGUGGGAAAAGCUUCUAUCAGAAGGGGACCUAAGAAACCAUAAACUGACUCACACAGGAGAAGAAACCAUUUAGCUGUGAUGACUGUGGGAAAAGCUUCACUCAGAAGGGAGCCUAAGUUACCAUAAACGACUCACACAGGAGAGAAACCAUUUAGCUGUGAUGACUGUGGGAAAAGCUU